GCUCUCCUUUGGCCUCUUUGAGCCAUUUCGUCGCUUCUCUCCCUCUGCGCCAGACUGGCCUCUCCGACUCAUCCACUGUUCUGCCCCAAAUCCCAUUUCACAGAUGAGAAAAGUGGGCCUGGCAAUGGGGAAGCUGCGUGCACAUCCUUGUGAUUUGGAUAAACAAGUUCUCGUGGCUUUCACUCAUUGCAGGGGACGGGAGGCCCUUCCCUCUGUCUUCAGCAAGCCCCCCUUACCCCUGCCCUCCCCCGCUACACACCUGUAGUGUCCAGUGGCCCGUGGGAGGUGCAACCUUCUGUCUUAUUUUCUUUCUCUUGCGUGGGUGAACGUUCUUUUUUGGAGAACGGUCCUGGACAAAGACCCGGACAGGAGCCUGCAUUGCACCUUCUGGGCUGGAAUGGGGUCGGGUGGGGGCUCUUGUGAGGGACCCCCUUGCCUCCACUGUAGAUUUCCUUUCCCUGGAUGGCCUCUUGUCCCCGUGUCCCCAAGUCUCCCGCUAACCCCUUGUUCCCAAAGGCGAGCCCCACCUCCUCGGAGCAAGGGGCUGGCCUGUGCUAUUUCUGGCCUUUCUGGGACUCUUCUGACGGCAGAUUCUUGUUUUCGGUCUGAUUCAGAUGUGAAACUUUUCCCGCGGCCUCUCACCCGGUUCCUGUGGGCUGGGUCUCUGCCUCAUCACUCCCUACUUCCUGGGGCCAGGCCCCUCCCCAGAGCUGUCUCUGGUUAGUAGCUCAGUUCUUCUGGGACCUGGAGGAGGAAGUUAGGGGCCCAAGAGGGAGUUGUUCCCCCAGGGGGGCCUUGGAGGCCCUGGGGUCUGCGGCUUGGACACCUGCAAGAGGAAGCUCGGAUUCCCAUGGCAAGCCGUGCUCCUGUUCAAAGGAGCCACCUCCAGGGCCCCAUCCUCAGGCUGCGUUACAUGGUGAAGCAGCUUGAGAACGGGGAGGUGAAUAUCGAGGAGCUGAAGAAGAACCUGGAGUACACGGCGUCUCUGCUGGAGGCCGUCUAUAUCGAUGAGACACGGCAAAUCCUGGACACGGAGGACGAGCUGCAGGAGCUGCGGUCAGAUGCGGUGCCUUCGGAGGUGCGCGACUGGCUGGCCUCCACUUUCACGCAACAGACUCGUGCCAAAGGCCGCAGGGCGGAGGAGAAGCCCAAGUUCCGUAGCAUCGUGCACGCCGUGCAGGCUGGGAUCUUUGUUGAACGGAUGUUCCGGAGAACAUACACCUCCGUGGGCCCCACCUACUCCACCGCUGUCCACAACUGUCUCAAGAAUCUGGACCUCUGGUGCUUUGAUGUCUUUUCCUUGAAUCGGGCAAGCGAAGACCAUGCACUGAGGACCAUUGUGUUUGAGUUGCUCACUCGGCACAACCUCAUCAGCCGCUUCAAGAUUCCCACUGUGUUUCUGAUGACCUUCUUGGAUGCCCUGGAGACCGGCUACGGCAAGUAUAAGAACCCUUACCACAACCAGAUCCACGCAGCUGACGUCACCCAGACUGUCCACUGCUUCUUGCUGCGCACCGGGAUGGUGCACUGCCUGUCAGAGAUCGAGGUCCUGGCCAUCAUCUUUGCCGCGGCCAUCCACGACUAUGAGCACACGGGCACUACCAAUAGCUUCCACAUCCAGACCAAGUCGGAGUGCGCCAUCCUGUACAACGACCGCUCGGUGCUGGAGAACCACCACAUCAGCUCCGUUUUCCGCAUGAUGCAGGAUGAUGAGAUGAACAUUUUCAUCAACCUCACCAAGGACGAGUUUGUAGAGCUGCGGGCCCUGGUCAUCGAGAUGGUGCUGGCCACCGACAUGUCCUGCCAUUUCCAGCAAGUGAAGACCAUGAAGACAGCACUGCAGCAGCUGGAGAGGAUCGACAAGCCCAAGGCUCUGUCUCUACUCUUGCACGCUGCUGACAUCAGCCACCCCACCAAGCAGUGGCCGGUGCACAGCCGCUGGACCAAGGCCCUCAUGGAGGAAUUCUUCCGCCAGGGUGACAAGGAGGCUGAGCUGGGCCUGCCCUUCUCUCCGCUCUGUGAUCGCACCUCCACUCUGGUGGCCCAGUCCCAGAUAGGUUUCAUUGACUUCAUAGUGGAGCCCACAUUCUCUGUGCUGACUGACGUGGCUGAGAAAAGCGUGCAGCCCCUGGUGGAUGAUGACUCCAAGUCUAAAAAUCAGCCCAGCUUCCAGUGGCGCCAGCCUUCUUUGGACGUGGACGUGGGUGACCCCAACCCUGACGUGGUCAGCUUCCGUUCCACCUGGACCAAAUACAUCCAGGAGAACAAGCAGAAGUGGAAGGAACGGGCGGCCAGUGGCGUCACCAAUCAGAUGUCCAUUGAUGAGCUGUCACCUUGUGAUGAGGAGGCCCCAUCCUCGCCUGCGGAAGAUGAACACAAUCAAAAUGGGAAUCUGGACUAGCUCUGCCUGGGGCCGGCCCGGGUCCUCGCCGAGGCCAGAGUGCUUGAUGCCAUCAGCACCAUCCAUCGGGACAUCUGCUCCAAGGGGCGUGGAGGUGGCCCGAGGGACCACCCACCCAAAGGCCACGUGGAUUCUCUGGAUUGUGGGUCCGGGGAAGGGCCCCUUCCACCUGCCACCCUUUGGGGCCCACUUUAAUCCCUGGGCAGCAGGAUUGGGAAACACGAGGCUCCCAGUGGUCACUGUGCCCCGCCCCCUGCCUCUGGCCCCCUCUCAUGGUCAUGGCUGCCUGGGAGGGAGCCGGGGUGCCUCCCGGCCAUGGGGAGGGGGAGGUCAGAGCUGCCAGCGCCCCGGGCCCUCCCCCAUCCUUUUUGCCUCCAAGUUUCUAAGCAAUACAUUUUGGGGGUUCCCUCAGCCCCCCACCCCAGAUCUUAGCUGGCAGAUCUGGGGCCCCCUUCUCCUCCCUACCCCAUGGGGAAGGGCUGAAGUAGGAUAGAAGGCUGGGGUUCCCUGGCCCAAGUGUGGGGUGCAGAGGGGCAUGGCUGCUCCCUAGGCCCUGUAAGUGUGGGUGGGAGGCGGCAGCCCCUGUACCCACACUUAUUCUACUUCAGCCAGACUUUCUGCCGUUUACCCCUGCCCUAUCCCCUCUACCAUUCUGAAACAGAGAAGCCAGGAGGGCCAGGGGCUGGAAUGAAGCCUUUUUUUUUUUUCUGGGGAGGGGGAGGUCCUCUAGGCCUGACCUAGAGGAUAGGGGGCUGGGUUCUUGGUGCCCCCUUCCUCCUCCUAGUGCUAGGAGGCUCCUGCCGACCAAUGUCUGUAAAGGGUCUGGGUGCCUUCAGGAUGGGUCUUGGCGCUCAGGCUAGAGGGACUAGGGUGGGAGGCGAGUGUGAGGUGUGGUGCCCGACAACAGCGUCCCUGGCCAGGGAUGCUGGGGCCGUGAUGGGCUGAAGGUGGGUGGGUGGGGGGCUCCACGCUGCUACUGCUGCUGCUGCCACCACCCGCCAGAUCCUAUGCUGCCCCCUCCUCUCUUUGGGCUCCCCCUCGUCCCAGGUGACCGCCCCCCCACACCCGCUGUCCUUGUACAUACCAGCCAAGCAUUUGUACAGUUGCCUCCCCUGUGCGUGUACACUCUAUGUCCUUGGUCUCUGAGACCCACCAGCCCAAUACUAGUCCCAGACGCAUGUGACUCACACCCACCCCAGGUCUCCCAUACCCCCACUAUAGCCAGAGAUCAAUAAAGAAGG